AUGGUGAAGGCUUGCCUCCCACGAAUAGUACUGCUCUGUUUUCUGUCCUGCUUUGUAUUAGCGGCAGCCGCGGCGGCGAAUGAAGGAAGUGGGCGACGAGCGCGAUGGGUGGGCGAAGUAGAUCACAGGUCACCGGCGGAGCCUCAACGGAGGAGGGGACCAGGUCUUGAUCUGGUCGAGGACCUCUUGGUCAAGCGGGCGUUACCGCCCACGGCAUCCACGGACGCCAACAAGCCGGCCCGUCUCGAGGACCGCGUCGUGCUAGCGGUACCGACACCGCCGGCUCUCUUCGGACGACAAAUACUCGGCAACCCUAUUGAGGCCAUCAACUCGGCGUCUCGAUCUGCGCAACAGGCCAUUGCCUCGGCGUCUCAGUCCGCCCGGGAGGCUAUUCAACAAGCAAACGAUCAAGUGAAACAGGCUGGAGACCGACAGAGGCAGGCGGAGGAACAGGCGAGACAGGCCAACGACGCGGCCACCCGGGCCUCGAUAUCGGCCAAUAAUGCCGUCGUCCAGGCGCAGGCGAGCGCGAGGGAGGGGAUCCUCAACGCCCAGAAUGCUGCCAAGGAAAGCGCGAGCAAGCAGAUAGCGGACAAUCUUGCCAUGGUCACGGCUAGUGCGCAGACGCAGUUGGCUUCUCAGAUUGCGAGCAUCCAAGCCAGUGCCAGCGCCAGUGCUGCGCAAGCCAUUGCCGUUGCGACGUCAUCCGCCAGUGCGGCUAUAGCGAAUGCUCAGCAGCAGGCUCAGCAACAGAUUCAAGCUGCGAGGGAUGAUGCAAAUAUACGCGUGUCACAAGCACAAGGUGCCGCGGUUUCGGUCACACAGGCGGCUCUCGCCGUCGUGGGAGCUAUUAUCGGCUCAUCUCUCUUGACCGUUCUGGGCUUCUACAUCUUUUCUCGUUACCGGCGUAAUAAACGCAGGGAGCGGACGGCGCGGGAGUUCCGUCGUGAGAUCAGUUAUCCGAAGCAGAAUACACUCACGACGACAAACGCAUCGGCCAUGAACAAUGGCUAUUUGCAAGACGUCAAGCAUCCAAUAUCGCCGGCUCGGCCAGAAACAGCACGCACGACGGGGUCAUCGGGCGGCAUGGGCUACGCUGUCAGCGACUUUGGUGACGGGCAACCCAACUUUUCCCGACAGACAACCUUUGUGAGCAGUAACGCACCACAGAUGGGCGUGGGCACGAUGCAAAGGGAGCAGUCGGUGUCGAGGAGGCCAGUCCCGCCUUCGCCCAAGAAACCGCCAUAUUCUCUAUUCCCCCCGAGGUCUAGGGAUGGCCUGCCGCCCACGGCUCUGCCUGGCACCCCGGCUCCUGCGCCAGAUCAAGAGAAGGAGGGUGCUCCUCCUCCAACGAUGGCUCCAGGUACAGAUGCAGCACCGGCAUCGAUACAAGCACAGGCGCCGGCUCCAGCAAACAAUGAAAAGCUGGACAGGGUUGAAGAGGAAAGCGACGAGUUUGGCGAGGGUACUAAGAACUGGCUGAGACGGACGCAGACCGUGAGUCCGUUUGGGGAUUUUGACGACACCCCAACAGGGGAGAAGGAUCCAAACUGGCCGUUUGCGAGGUCUGACUCGCCGCCUCCGCCCGCGAUGUGA